AUGGAGAAACUAUAUAAGAAUUCUGAAAAUGGGUUGAUCGAAUUCUUCAAGAGGGAGAUUGGUUUUUCUCCCCCGACAACUUUCUCCAGACGCAUCUCUGCUUCUCAGACCCUUGUCAAGCAGAUGGAUCUAUAUGGUAAACUAAAUGGCCAUCAAGGAUGUGUAAAUACCAUUGAGUUCAACUCCACUGGCGACCUUCUUGUGUCAGGUUCUGAUGACAAACAAAUAAUAUUUUGGGAUUGGGCAGCGCAUAAAUUAAAAUUUUUAUAUCCAUCUGGUCACUUGGACAACAUAUUCCAGGCCAGAAUCAUGCCGUUCACUGAUGAUCGCAAAAUAGUAACUUCAUCUGCCGACUGUCAGGUCAGGCUUGGCGAGGUGUUGGAGAAUGGUCAGGUAGAGACAAAAAGAUUGGCCAAGCACCAAGGUCGUGUGCAUAAUCUUGCAGUGGAACCCGGAAGUCCUUACAUAUUUUAUAGCUGCGGUGAAGAUGGCUUUGUCCAACACUAUGAUUUACGGAGUAAUUCUGCUACGAAGCUUUUCUAUUGCUCAUCUUUCACAGAAGACAAGCAGUCUUCAAGCAAUAGUAUUGGGUUAAAUGCCAUUGUCAUCGACCCAAGGAAUCCUAAUUAUUUUGCUGUAGGAGGUGCUGAUGCAUAUGCACGUGUUUAUGACAUAAGAAAGUACCAACUGAAUGCUUCAACUAAAGAAGGAAGCCCCUUCAACAUGUUUUGCCCUCGUCACCUGAUUAGGACAAACGACGUUCACAUUACAGCACUGGCUUACUCCAACAAAAGUGAACUGCUCGUCUCCUACAAUGACGAGCUCAUAUAUUUGUUCCAAAAAAACUUGGGAUUGGGCCCUAAUCCUUUUGCUUCACCGCCUGAAGAUUUGCAAAAAUUGGUAGAAGUACAAACUUAUUCCGGUCAUCGGAAUUCACAGACAGUUAAAGGGGUGAAUUUCUUUGGUCCGAAUGAUGAAUAUGUCUUAAGCGGGUCGGAUUGUGGUCACGUGUUUAUCUGGAAGAAGAAGGGGGCAGAACUUGUGCGUUUGAUGGUUGGCGAUAGACACAUUGUAAAUCAGCUGGAGCCCCACCCCGUCAUUCCUGUUCUUGCCACUUGUGGAAUAGAGAAGAGCAUAAAGCUCUGGGCUCCAUCUUCGAAUGUUAUCAAACCUCUGCCUGAAAAUGUUCUCGAGAUAAUGGAAGCUAAUAAAAGAGGGCGAGAGGACCAUUCACGGGUGACCCUCACUCCCGAUGUGAUCAUGCAUGUUUUGCGUCUGCACAGGAGGCAAGCGCAGGUGUAUAUUGAAAGAAGAUAUAACAGAGAGGAUAUCGAGAGUGAUGAAGACGUUCUUGAUCUGGAUCAAGUAGAAGUCGAGUACUCUCUGACCGAAAGAGAAGUACCACUUCGACAAAAUCAAUUUUUUGUCUAG